AUGUCGGCUAUUGUUGAUGCGGUCUUUGCCUCGUACGACGUCAAGAACGCGACGCGGUGGCGGGAAGAAGACCGACGGCAUCGAGAGCAGGAGAAACAGUGGCGAGAAGACGCGAUUCGACGCGAGACCGAGUGGCGCUGCGCUGACUUGGAGCGGGAACGGCGCGUGGCGAAAUUAGAGUCGGAGAAACGGCUUUUAAGCGCGCGACUGCAGCAGCUCCAGACGAUUUCGCAGCUCUCGGCCAUGCUCUCGUUCUUCUCGAUGCGGUUCUUGCAGGACAUUCGGACGUUGCGAAUCGACACGAGUCCCGUGCUCGUGAUUCUGUACGGGACCAUCAGCGUCCUCGAGUUCCUGUGCAUGCUGCUCUGCACGUUGACGUGCACGUUGCUGCUGCUGGCAGUCACGAGGUUCGUGGCCCAUACUCUAGAAGGCGAAGUGGGUCGACUCUCGGACGCCGAGCUGGACACGGUGUCGCCGUUUACGAACUGGUGGGUCACCAAGUGCGAGCACGAGUGGCUGCUCGCUUUUCACUUGUUUCGCACCGCGGCAUCCUUCUUCUUGGUAGCAAUUGCCUUGAGCAGCUGGAUCGUGUUUGCAAGGUCCAGGAUUGCAGCGAUCGUUGUCUCGAUGAUGUGCCUGUGUGGGUUGCUGUACUACAACUUUCGAUUUGCAAGUAGGUGGCGAUACAUUGUCCAGCCAACGACUGGUCACAGGAGACGGAGUAUCUCUUUGCCAUGA